AUGAUCUUCUUGGGUUUGGUUGGUAUUUAUGAUCCACCGCGACCCGAAUCCAAAGCUGCCAUUCAAAGAUGUUUUGGUGCCGGAAUUGAAGUUCAUAUGUUAACUGGUGACCAUCCUACUACUGCUUCUGCCAUUGCAAAAGAGAUUGGUAUUCUUCCUCUUUUAUGGUCUCCUGAAUUAGAAAAUGAAGGGAAAUUUAAUUCACAACUUGUAAUGACUGCCGCACAGUUUGAUGCACUUUCUGAUGCAGAAGUAGACAAUCUUUCAGAACUUCCAAAAGUUAUUGCUAGAUGUAUCCCGGAUACAAAAGUAAAAAUGAUUGAUGCUUUACAUCGACGAAAUAAAUACGUUGCUAUGACCGGUGAUGGAGUAAAUGAUUCACCCAGUUUGAAGAAAGCCGAUGUCGGAAUUGCUAUGGGAUUAGGUGGUAGUGACGUAGCUAAACAAGCUAGUGAUAUUGUACUUUCUGAUGAUAAUUUUGCAACAAUUGUUAAUGCAAUUGCUGAGGGACGUCGAAUUUUUAGCAAUAUCCAAAAAUUUAUUUUACAUUUAUUGAGCGGAAAUUCCGGUGAAAUUGUUACAUUAAUUAUUGGACUCUCUUUCAUUGAUAGCGAUGGUAUAUCAGUUAAUCCUAUGUCACCUUUACAAAUUCUUUUCUUAAAUAUGAUUACAAGUUCACCGCCAGCUAUGGGAUUAGGCGUUGAACGUGCAUCUAGUGACAUUAUGAGGUACCCACCACGUUCAAAAGGGGGACUUUUCACAUGGGAAGUGAUAAUUGAUAUGAUUUAUUAUGGAAUUGUUUUAGGCGGAUUGUCAUUAGCAAAUUUCGUUAUUGUAGUUUAUGCUAUAGGAAAUGGAAAUCUUGGGCAAAAUUGUAAUUCUUCACCAUUUGGACAAGAAUGUGCUCCAAAUGAUCCUACAUGUGAUCCAAUUGCAUUAGAAAUUGCGUGUCAUCAAAUCUAUCGUGCUAGAGGAACUACAUUCGCCACAAUUACUUAUAUUUUAUUAAUUCAUGCAUAUAAUUGUCGGUCAUUAAGAGAUCCUAUUUGGACAAUGAAAUUAUAUGAUAAUAAGAUACUAUUUUGGUCCGUAUUUGGUGGUUUACUAACAGCCAUUCCAACUUUCUAUAUUCCUGAAUUAAAUUCCAAAGUAUUCAAGCAAUUAGGUAUUGGAUAUGAAUGGGGGUUAAUAGUUGGAGCUGUAAUCAUAUUUGAAAUAUUUGUUGAAGUUUAUAAAUUUAUGAAGAGAAGGUAUUUGAAACCUUUAGAGAUUGUCGAAGGAGAAGGAUUAAAACGUCAAUAUUCUUUAAAUGAAUAUCCAUAA